CCUCCCUCCAUUUGCACGCACGUUGGAAUGUGGCUGCUUUAAUCAUUGCAAGAGUUAAACCAGCCUCCUGCAAACAUGGCAGACGAGGACCUUAUUUUUCGUAUGGAAGGAAUUGAUAAUGCUAGGACAAUUAAAGUGAACUCUGGAAAUUACCCUGAUGCUGAUAGUGAUGAUGAAGACAAUUAUUACAUCUGCCCAAUAACUGAUGAUCCAGUUUCUAACAAGUCUGCCUGUAUCAAAGUUGACAGUUAUUAUAGCAACUUAGCGAAAACUGAACAGUACAGUUUAAGCUCUUCACCCAGCAACUCAUUCCACUUUAAGAAUGACACACAGGAUUGCUCUAAGCAUGGCUCUGUGGUUGACCAUAGUCGGGAAACCUGGAAACAUGCUAUUGAGAAAGCUAAACACAUGCCCGAUCCCUGGGCAGAAUUCCAUCUUGAGGACAUUGAGACAGAAUACGCCACUCGUUACAGAUACAAUGCGGUUACUGGGGACUGGGUUGAAGAUGAGGUCCUCAUCAAGAUGGCCUCGCAACCCUUUGGCCGUGGAGCAAUGCGGGAAUGCUUUAGAACGAAAAAGCUAUCCAACUUCUUACACACGCAGAACUGGAAAGGUGCCUAUAACUAUGUUGCCAAGCAGUACAUAGAGAGUGUAGGUAGGGAUGUGUAUUUUGAGGAUGUCCGACUUCAGAUGGAAGCAAAACUGUGGGGAGAAGAGUACAACCGGCACAAGCCACCAAAGCAGGUGGAUAUAGUGCAAAUCUGCAUUAUUGAAAUGAAGAACAGACCCGGAAAGCCUCUGUUUCAUCUGGAACAUUACAUAGAGGGCAAAUAUAUCAAAUACAACUCAAAUUCUGGAUUUGUGCGAGAUGACAACAUUCGUCUUACUCCGCAAGCCUUUAGUCACUUCACCUUUGAGCGCUCAGGACACCAGCUGAUUGUUGUUGACAUCCAGGGAGUUGGAGAUCUAUAUACAGAUCCUCAGAUCCAUACAGAGAGUGGUGCAGACUUUGGAGAUGGUAACCUAGGUGUUCGAGGUAUGGCCUUGUUCUUUCAUUCACAUUCCUGCAACAAGAUUUGCAAAAGCAUGGGACUUGCACCAUUUGAUCUUUCACCCAGAGAGAGAGAUGCUUUGGAUUAUAGUAACAAAUUGCUUAAAUCUGCGCAGACCAUUGUGCGUGGCACAGAGGAGAAAUGUGGAAGCAGCCGGGUGAGAACCAUCUCCGGGAGUCGCCCUCCUCUGCUCUUCCGCCUGUCUGAAAACUCUGGAGAUGAGAGCAUGAGCGACGUGGCGUUUGACUCUCUGCCCUGCUCACCUUCCUCAGCAACGCCUCACAGCCAGAAGAUGGACACGCUUAACUGGCCUGUGUUCAAUGAAGUAGACAACUUGGUUCACAAAGACUACGAUCAGCUUGAUAAUCAAAGGGAUUUUGAAAAUGGUGGAGACAGUGGCUAUCCCAGUGAAAAGAGAAGUGAGCUAGAAGAUCUGGAUCACAGAGAGAGGGGCAAUUCAAACAACAACCGAAGACAUGAAUCUGAUGAAGACAGUUUGGGAAGCUCUGCAAGGGUCAGUGUGGAGAAAUGGAAUCUCUACAACUCUUCCAGAGUCCACAUCCACAGACCGUCCUGUGUUGCACAUGAAAUUCAGAGGCUUAAUGCGUUAGAACUUGAAAAGAAAAUUGGGAAGUCAAUCCUUGGGAAGGUUCACUUGGCCAUGGUUCGCUACCACGAAGCUGGGCGUUUCUGUGAGAAGGACAAGGAGUGGGAUCAGGAGUCAGCCCUGUUUCACUUGGAGCACGCGGCGGACUGCGGGGAGCUGGAAGCCAUCGCUGCGCUGGGACUCAUGUGCUGCCAGCUGCCCCAUCACAUUCUUUCUGAGGUCACUCUGGAGGACACAAAGGAGAACAGAAGAAAAGGAUUUGAUUACUUACUGAGAGCAGCAGGAGCUGGAGAUCGGCCUUCCAUGAUCCUAGUAGCAAGGGCAUAUGAUACAGGUGUAAAUCUUGCUUCAGACAGAGUGCGGGAUUGGAAGGAGGCACUGCACUGGUACAAUGCUGCCCUGAACAUGACUGACUACGAUGAGGGGGGUGAAUAUGAUGGCACUCAAGAUGAGCCCCGCUAUCUGCUACUGGCCAGGGAAGCAGAGAUGUUAAUGACGGGAGGAUUUCACUUGGACAAAGAUCCACAGAAAUCAGGUGAGCUGUACACUGAAGCAGCAGAAGCAGCAACAGAAGCCAUGAAAGGCAGGCUGGCAAAUCAAUACUACCAAAAAGCUGAAGAGGCUUGGGCGAUGAUGGAAGAAUGAUGUUGUAGUUAUGUAGCUUUUGUAUAUAAUAUUUUUAUAGACUUACAUGUUUUCCGCUAAA